AUGAAGCCUUCAAUGCAAGAAGAGGUGGAGGAUGACCUUGCAGCUGAAGAAGAGAAUAAGCUUAUCAACGAGGAAUAUAAGACUUGGAAGAAGAACGCGCCAUAUCUUUAUGAUGUUCUCAUCACCCAUGCUCUUGAGUGGCCAAGUCUAACGUGUCAAUGGUUCCCUGACACUGAGUUUUCGUAUGAAGGCCAUCGAGUCCUUCUCGGGACACACACUUCCGGACAAGCCCAAGACUACCUACAGAUAGCGACAGUUCAGCUUCCCGAUCAAGAUAGCAACUCCUCUGGGGGUCUCGACCGCUGGGGCUACGAUGAUGAGCGCGGCGAAUUGGGCGGUCAUACGAUUCCUCAGCAACCCCGCGUUCAAAUAAUUCAAAAGAUCAACCAUGCGGGAGAAGUCAAUCGCGCGCGAUGCAUGCCGCAGAAUCCAGACUUAAUUGCGACGAAGGCUGUUUCUGGCGAGGUGUUCGUUUUCAAUCGAACCAGACAUCCAAGUGAGCCUGAACGGGGGGGGAUAUGUAAGCCAGAUAUCCGGCUUGUGGGUCAACACAAAGAGGGAUUCGGUUUAGCAUGGAACACUGUCCAGGAGGGUAACAUUCUCGGAGCCUCGGAAGAUAUGACUGUAUGCUACUGGGACAUACAUGCGUACACGAAAGCUAGGACUACCAUCGAACCGCUAGUAGUCUUCAAAGGCCAUACAUCUGUCGUCGGCGAUGUGGACUGGAAUAGCCAGAAGGGCGACGUGUUUGCAAGUGUAGGUGACGACAAGAUGCUCAUGAUUUGGGACAAGCGGGUAUCAGCGGAACCGACCACCAAGAUACAAGCACACGACCGAGAGAUCUUGACUGUUGCAUUCAGUCCUUCCACGGACUAUUUGCUGCUCACAGGCAGUGCGGAUCAUACAAUUGCCCUACAUGAUAUGCGAUUGCCUACCAAGCGUUUGCAUACCUUUGAAUCCCACACUGAUGAAGUUCUACACGUUGCAUGGUCACCACAAAAUCCCACUGUAUUUGCUUCCGCUUCCAGCGACAGGAGAAUCAAUGUUUGGGACCUAUCUCAGAUAGGUGUUGAGCAAACACCCGAUGAUCAAGAGGAUGGCCCACCGGAGCUCAUGUUCAUUCACGGAGGACACACCUCACGUCCUACCGACUUCUGUUGGGCUCCUGGGAGAGACAACAAUUGGACGGUAGCAAGCACGUCAGAGGACAACGUUGUCAUGGUCUGGCAACCAACAAUGCAUGUGUGGGCCGCAGAGCAGGUUAGAAUACAUGUCGAAGAGCUCGAGGAACCCAUGGAAGGUGUUGAAAGUGCUGCUGAUAGUAUCUCUGAACCUUCCGGGGACGGGCAAGCGGGAGCAAAAAAUGACAAUAGUGAGAAGUAA